CGCACACAUAAUCAACAUGGCUGCCAACGGUCUAGAUCUUCCUGAAUGGCUCCACAAACUCUUCACUGAAGUCAACCUUGAGGGCAUCACCCAAGCUAUGACUAACGUCACCCUAAAAGACUUCACCCAUCUCGUCGACUUCGUCAAAGGCCGGGAACUCAACGCCGACACCAUCACCAAGCUCUUCGAGGAAGCCAACAAACUCUCCGGCGCAGGAACAGCCUUCGCUGCUGCUUGCCUCGUGUUCUCGGUCAUCCACAUCUGCUUUCCUUGGGCGCUUGCCGCACCUUUCUUGAAUAUGAUUGGAUUCACAGUCGCCAAUCUUGCUCCCGCUUCGAUUGUCUCCGCUUUCCAGUCCAUAUUUGGUGUCAAUGCUCUGUUCAGUCUCCUGCAGAGCGCAAUGAUGGGCGGCUAUGGUGCUCCUAUCGUUGCAGGAGCAAUCCAAGGAGCUUCUACGAUCAGCGCUGGGUUCUCAGCCUUCAAGUUGUGGACAAUGGGCAACUUUACACUUCCUUGGAGCGUUUGAUCUGGUAGCCUUACUGUUUGUAGAAGCCAACAGAAGGAAUCGGCAGGAUUGAAUCACGCUAUGAAGACCACGGUGUUCGGGAUGAGGAUACACAUGAGCUGUCAACCACCAGAAUGACAGAUGACAUGACAAACACGACUGGCGAUACUACGAGAAUACAACGACAAUGAUAUGAGCUAUCACCACGCUGUCAAGAAGAUAGCCUAAUGAUCAAGGUUUACUCCUCCC